AAACCAAACCAAACCAAACCAAUCUGAAAUCUGAAACAACAGGCAAUGCUGUAUUGUAUCUUGAAGUAACUCGGCCUUUACAAUAGUUGAAUGUGGCCCGUGACACAGUCUUGCAACCUCGGUCGUGCUAUGCCUCAUCCAGCGUCCGGAAGUCCGGAAGUCAUCGUUGAAACACCCCUCGACUCUUGUGUUGACGCCAGUUUAUCACAUCAAAGAUGUUGCAGCCGCUUUCGGGGGAUGAACUGUCCCAGGAUUCCGAAACAGAAUCCGUUUCAACGCCCAUAAGAGCCGUGCACGGGGAUCCUGGGCCAGUUUCAAGCAAUGAAGCAUCGGGCGAUUCAGGCGCAUCGAUACACUCUGCUGCGAUGAAGGUAGAACCUCUUCCACUACAAUGCAAGAGCCGUAUGGGUGUCGCUCCUCCCCUCCCAGAAGGAAAGAAAUACCACGCCUUCUUUUCUUAUGAGUCUACUGAUCGACAAUGGGUGGAACAGAUUACCCGCAAACUGGAGUCUCCAAAUCUUGGCUUCAAAUGCAGCGUCCACGAGAGAGACUUUCAUGGAGGCAAGCGUAUCAUUGAAAAUAUCACUGAGCACAUCCAGCUGUCGGAGAAGACGGUGUUAGUGCUGUCUCCAGACUUCAUCCAGAGCCACUGGUGCAUGUUUGAGACACAGAUGGGGAUGAUCCUGAGCAUGGAGGAGAGCCAGCUGCUAGUGGUGCCAGUUAUGGUGAAGCAGUGCCGUGUUCCUGACACCAUCAAGACCCUCACCUACAUCGACGCAACUUCCGGCGAUGACUGGUGGCCGCGGUUCAUUGAUGCCAUAGUUUCUAGAGACGACCUCCUCAGCAACUACAGUGGCACAAGAGACGUGACAGUCCGGCCUCGAUUUGGUAAUAUGGAAAAACUGACUGAAAUACAGUCCAACUAUAAGUGUCCAUCGGGAGAAGCUAUAAGAAUACCUUAUGUUCCCGAGGUGUUGCUCAGACCAGGCAUACAGAUACCCCCGGAAGAGUUUGACAAGUCAGUGGACAUCAUCCGCUCUGCAACCUGCUUCUGCAAACAUCUCUAUGACUACGGACCUUGUUGUGUACCAAUUCUUGUAGUGCUGCUCUGUGUAGGCUUCGUUGGCAUGCCAACUCUUACAGCCAUAAUUGCAACUGCACGUUAUUCUGAUUUUAAUAAUCAUCUACGUGUUAUCUUUAUUAUCACUAUGACGCUUCCCUGGUUGGUGUUUGUUUUGGUCUUUUUCCUUCAGCGAUCGAUGAGGAAAAGAAGACUUCGAAAAGCUGUCACUGAAGCUAACAAAAUAUUUCUGAAAUACAACCUCAUCGUGGGAUGCAGUAUGACGAUGUCUGGAUGUGUGACAUCAAGGACGUUUCUCGAGUUCUGGUUCUUCAACCCCACGGAAUGCAAAAAUUUCUUGGCAGAGUUUCUCCAAGGCAAACACGACGGAAUUAAUGCAGACGCCUCACAGGCGUAUGCAUCGCAGCUGAUUCACCACCAUAGCGUGGGCUACACCACCGCCUACCAGGAAGGCAAGUUGAAGGUGCAUGGACCCAGACACGUUCGUAAUGCUGCCUGUCUCUGCCAGUACAUUGCGGAGAAGUACUCUGAGGGAGGGAUACCCCCACUGGAGGUUGUUUGAUUGUCUGUACAUUGAGGAGAAGUACUCUGACGGUGGGAUACACCUACUGGAUGUUGUGUGAUUGUCUUUACAUUGAGGAGAAGUACUCUGAGGGUGAGAUAGGGUGACAGAACUGUAGAUAGUUGGCUUCAAUGUGUUCCUUCAAUCUUUAAUGUUAUUGUGUGCCAUGACAGACCUCUAGAUAGUUGGCUUCACUGCUUUCCUUCAAUCUUUGACGUUUGUUUGUGCCGUGACAGAACUGUAGAUAGUUGGCUUCAAUGUGUUCCUUCAAUCUUUUAUGUUUGUAUAUGCCGUGACAGACCUGUAGAUAGCUGGCUUCAAUGUGUUUCUUCAAUCUUUUAUGUUUGUAUAUGCCAUGACAGAAAUGUAGAUAGUUGGCUUCAAUGCGUUCCUUCAAUCUUUGAUGUUUGUUUGUGCCGUGACAGAACUGUAGAUAGUUGGCUUCAAUGUGUUCCUAUAAUCUUAAAUGUUAUUGUGUGCCAUGACAGAACUGUAGAUAGUUGGCUUCAAUGCUUUCCUUCAAUCUUUAAUGCUUGUUUGUGCCGUGACAGAACUGUAGAUAGUUGGCUUCAAUGUGUUCCUUCAAUCUUUUAUGUUUGUGUGUACCAUGACAGAACUGUAGAUAGUUGGCUUCACUGCUUUCCUUCAAUCCUUGAUGUUUGUGUGUACCAUGACAGACCUGUAGAUAGUUGGCUUCAGUGCGUUCCUUCAAUCUUUGAUGUUUGUUUGUGCCGUGACAGAACUGUAGACAGUUGCCUUCAAUGUGUUCCUUCAAUCUUUUAUGUUUGUGUGUGCCAUGACAGACCUGUAAAUAGUUGGCUUCAAUGUGUUCCUUCAAUCUUUUAUGUUUGUAUAUGCCAUGACAGAACUGUAGAUAGUUGGCUUCAGUGCGUUCCUUCAAUCUUUGAUGUUUGUUUGUGCCGUGACAGACCUGUAGAUAGUUGGCUUCAGUGCGUUCCUUCAAUCUUUGAUGUUUGUUUGUGCCGUGACAGAACUGCAGAUAGUUGGCUUCAAUGUGUUCCUUCAAUCUUUUAUGUUUGUGUGUACCAUGACAGACCUGUAGAUAGUUGGCUUCAAUGCGUUCCUUCAAUCUUUAAUGUUUGUUUGUGCCGUGACAGAACUGUAGAUAGUUGGCUUCAAUGUGUUCCUUCAAUCUUUUAUGUUUGUGUGUGCCAUGACAGACCUGUAAAUAGUUGGCUUCAAUGUGUUCCUUCAAUCUUUUAUGUUUGAAUAUGCCAUGACAGAACUGUAGAUAGUUGGCUUCAGUGCGUUCCUUCAAUCUUUGAUGUUUGUUUGUGCCGUGACAGAACUGUAGAUAGUUGGCUUCAGUGCGUUCCUUCAAUCUUUGAUGUUUGUUUGUGCCGUGACAGAACUGUAGAUAGUUGGCUUCAAUGCGUUCCUUCAAUCUUUGAUGUUUGUUUGUGCCGUGACAGAACUGCAGGUAGUUGGCUUCAAUGUGUUCCUUCAAUCUUUUAUGUUUGUGUGUACCAUGACAGAACUGUAGAUAGUUGGCUUCACUGCUUUCCUUCAAUCUUUUAUGUUUGUGUGUACCAUGACAGACCUGUAGAUAGUUGGCUUCAAUGUGUUCCUUCAAUUUUUCAUGUUUGUGUGUACCAUGACAGAACUGUAGAUAGUUGGCUUCACUGCUUUCCUUCAAUCUUUUAUGUUUGUGUGUACCAUGACAGACCUGUAGAUAGUCGGCUUCAAUGUUUUCCUUCAAUCUUUCAUGUGUGUGUGUACCAUGACAGACCUGUAGAUAGUUGGCUUCACUGCUUUCUUUCAAUCUUUGAUGUUUGUGUGUACCAUGACAGAACUGUUGAUAGUUGGCUUCAGUGCGUUCCUUCAAUCGUUUAUGUUUGUUUGUGCCAUGACAGAACUGUAGAAAGUUGGCUUCAAUGCUUUCCUUCAAUCUUUUAUGUUUGUGUGUAUCAU